AUGGCCAAGCUCACCAAUGAGUCCUUUGAAGCGCAGUGGUUUGGUGUCCGAGCGCGAAAUCAGAAUGUCUCGGAAACAGAAGAGGUGCUAAGUGCAGAAGUGAAAGAAGUGCCAACCACACUCAGUUCCUCAGCAGAAGAUCUUUUCAAACUGUACGAUGGAGUGGAGACGUUUGUGAUGUUCAUUGGAUACCCCCGCAGCAGCCACAGCCUAGUGGCUGCCAUCUUAGAUGCACAUCCAGAAAUCAUCAUUGCGAAUGAAUACCACGUGCUUCGAACUUGGCAGGGAAAAUUCCGCUCUUCAAAAGAGGUUGAGAGAAGCUUUAAGAAAUAUCAACUCUUUUAUGACCUUCAUGAACUUUCGGUGAGAGACGCUACAUUUGGCCGUCGUGCCAAUAACUCCCUUUUGAACGUCAGGUAUAGCUACCAAGUGCCCGGCUUAUGGCAAGGAAGAUAUUUUAAAGGAAUCAAGGUAAUUGGCGACAAAAAGGGCGGUGGCACAGCAAAUGCUUUGAGGAAUAAAAAUAACUGGAGUGUCCUCUAUGAAAUUCAAGAAGUUCUUCAGAUACCGAUAAAAUUCAUUCACGUCAUCAGAAACCCCUUUGACAACAUAGCAACCAUCAUGCUCCGCGCUACAGAGUCACGUGACGUCGUAAAAGAAGAUGGAGUAACGGUAAAUAUGACAGAGGAACUUGAUUUAGCCAUUAAGUCAUAUUUCAGCUUGGCGGCUGCAAACCAACGCAUUAGGGAACGUUACGGGAAUGCUGUCAUCGAUAUUCAAGGGCACAACACAGUGCUGAAACCCAGAGAAACGUUGCAGAGAUUAUGCGAUCAUCUAGGAGUUACUUGUUCUGAGGAUUACUUUGAAAAAUGUAGUAGUAUUCUGUUUGGGGUUCCUUCUGUUACAAGAGACAAAGUGGUGUGGACCAAGGAGCAAAAGGAGCAAGUCACAAAACAGAUAAAGAAUUUCUCUUUUUUAAAGGAAUAUUCAUUCGAUGAAUAUCCCAAGUAACGUUUGCCACUUACUAUGAAAAUUAGAUCAUCAUAAAAAGACAAAGAUAGUGAUAAAUGAAAAGAGAUUGCAAAAAGUGGAUAAUCUUUACAAAUGAACUAAGCUAACUGCUGACUUAGAUUACGUUGGAGGGAGAGGAAAAAGCAGCGUGCCUGUGAUAGGUUUUACUUCAAACUUAUACGAGGCGCAAAAAAAAGAAAUAGAAAAAAAAAAUAAAUAGGAACGAAAAUAGAUGAGCACGGUUAUCUUUUGGGUAGCAAUAUUGUUUUAAACCCGGCCACUGAAAUGACGUUGAGAUGUUGAUAGCCACGUCAAAAACAUGAAAUCAAUUGUACAAAUUUGCUCAAAUUCAUAGCAAUCUGAAUGUGAACUUUUUUUAUUUCACUGAUAGUUUUGUAAUUUUACUUAUUGAAAUGCAUGUCACGGACAUUGUUUCUUUUCAUCUCGAAUUCAAGGGCUGAAUAGAUAGUCUCCAAAGCUUCAAAUAAUUACUUAUUCAUGUGAACGAGCUCUUUCUUAAUGAAUAGGUGCAAAUCCUGAAGGUGCCAGUUGAUAUCUCUACCAAAUCUCUAAGCAGCAAAUAAAAUAACAAGCGCAGAAAAGGAAAGAAACAUUCUAGACACAGAGAUUUAAGAGAAGCAAUGCUCUGUUUCGUUGGAAGAAAAUAAGCCUGUGGUACUAUUUAUUUUCAUACCUGCUUUGCUGGGAAUAAAUAGAUGAUAAA